CCCCACCACCAAGUUAUUGGUCGUUAUUGGUUAUCCUAUUAUAAGCUAGCUUAUUUCUUUUCUAUUUGACGAUUGUGUAACGAUCUCUAUGCAGAGACCGUUAUAUCCCAUUAGCUAUUUAUGUGACUUUAGGAUUGGGACCUCCUCCUCGUAUCGAUGUAUAGGCAAAACACUGACGUGACGCAAAGAGGAGGUGUAAGUUGAAAAAGUACAAGAAAAAGGACGAGAUGCGUUUCUUCGUUUGUUCAUCGAUUGUCAUUCAAAGAAAACGGGUCGAAUUGUGUCUGAUACCGCAUCCCAACUGCUGUCCCGACCGGCAUGCCUUCCAAGAAAAAUGAAGCGAACGAAAGGAAGAAAUGGACAACUAGAUGCAAAUACUUUUUGUACUUCUUCAAUGUCGUCUCUCUGGUGCUGGCUAUUGUUGUGAUGGCAAUGGCCCUUUACAUCCGAGCCGAUUGGACCAUCAAGCACUACAUUUACGAGUUGGAAGCGUAUCUGAUGUGGACGGGCCCUUACAUUCUGAUGGCUUCCUCUUCAUUCACCAUCAUCAUCGCUGCAUUAGGAUGUUGGGCCACCGUUAACGAAAAUACUUUUCUUCUCUCUGCGUUCACGAUGACCACUGGAGCAACGGCGUUGAUUGGUCUCGGCGGCGUUGCCUAUUCGCUCAAUCAUGGCGUCACCUUCUCCGCCAUUACUCCGUGGCUAACGGAUCGCUUCACGUAUUUGGUUUUUGAAUCCGACACUGAUGCUCGAUCGGCUCGCAUUGUUCGAAUUAUGCAAGAAGAAUUGGGCUGUUGUGGUGGAAGUGGAUGGCAAGAUUAUGCCAAUUAUAAUAUGGAAAUUCCGUACGAAUGCCGUAAUCCAGUCACCGGCAACAUGUACGUCUAUGGGUGCGGAAUCAUUUUCUCUGAUUUUAUGGAACCUCUGGUCGCUUGGAUGUCUGGAAUUGCCCUCUUGUUGAUUGUCCUACAGAUAAUGGCCAUGGUAGCUGCCAUGAUUCUGCGCCGCAAUUUCAAACUCGAAGAUAAACUCAUCAGUAGCCACCACAAGUCAGCUUCCUACACUGCUGUGAGGAGCCGAAAUGUUUAAUAUAAAUUAUUGUAUAUGUGUAAAAAAGAUGGAUGUUUCAUUGUUUGUUUUUUUCAUCAAAUUCAGUGAUUCCAUUUCAAUUAUAUUGUUCUACAUUUAUUCCUUUUGCAUGC